CGCCCCCGCAGGCUCGGUCAUCAGCCGUUACCACCUGGACAGCAGCGUGGGGACCCCGGGGCGGGCGGCAGUGGCUGAGGGCGCCCCGGGCCCCAGGGCCGGUUACCUCAGUGAUGGCGACUCGCCUGAGCGUCCAGCGGGGCCCCCAUCACCUACCGCCUUCCGCCCCUAUGAGGUGGGCCCAUCGGCCCGGACGCCCCCGGCUGCACUCUGGGGCCGCCUCAGCCUGCACCUGUACGGGCUGGGGGGGCUGCGGCCGGCACCCGGGGGCCACUCCUCGAGACCUCUGCUGCCUGCUGCAGGUGGACGGGGUGGCCCGGGCCCGAACGGGGCCGCUGCGUGGGGGACCAGACUUCCUGCGGCUGGACCACACCUUCCACCUGGAACUCGAGGCUGCCCGGCUGCUGCGGGCCCUAGUGCUGGCUUGGGACCCGGGUGUUCGGCGACACCGGCCCUGUGCCCAGGGCACCGUGCUGCUGCCCACGGUUUUCCGAGGGUGCCAGGCCCAGCAGCUGGCCGUGCGCCUGGAGCCCCAAGGGCUGCUGUAUGCCAAGCUGACCCUGUCAGAGCAACAGGAAGCACCAGGCACUGCUGAGCCCCGUGUCUUCGGGCUGCCCCUACCACUGCUGGUGGAGCGGGAGCAGUCUCCAGGCCAGGUGCCCCUCAUCAUCCAGAAGUGUGUUGGGCAGAUCGAGCGCCGAGGGCUGCGGGUGGUGGGGCUGUACCGUCUGUGUGGCUCAGCAGCCGUGAAGAAAGAGCUUCGAGAUGCCUUUGAGCGGGACAGCGCAGCUGUCUGCCUCUCUGAGGACCUGUACCCCGAUAUCAAUGUCAUCACUGGCAUCCUCAAGGAUUAUCUUCGGGAGUUGCCUACCCCGCUCAUCACCCAGCCCCUCUAUCAGGUGGUGCUGGAGGCCAUGGCCCGAGGGCCCCCAAGUAGGGAUCCCUCCAGCACUGAGGCCACCCGUGGGCUCCUCAACUGCCUGCCAGAUGUGGAGAGGGCUACGCUGACUCUUCUCCUGGACCACCUGCGCCUUGUCUCCUCCUUCCAUGCUCACAACCGCAUGAACCCGCAGAACUUGGCGGUGUGCUUCGGUCCCGUGCUGUUGCCGGCGCGCCAGGCCCCCGCCAGGCCCCGCAUCCGCAGCUCUGGCCCUGGCCUCUCCAAUGCAGUGGACUUCAAGCGCCACAUCGAAGUACUGCACUACCUGCUGCAAGCCUGGCCAGAUCCCCGCAGGCCCCCAGAGGCUCGGGAGCUGGCCCCGUAUCUGCGGCCCAAACGACAGCCGCCGCUGCACUUGCCGCUAGCCAACCCUGAAGUAGUGACUCGGCCCCGAGGCCGAGGCGGCCCCGAGAGCCCGCCAAGUAACCGGUACGCCGGUGACUGGAGCGUUUGCGGGCGGGACUUCCUUCCCUGUGGGCGGGACUUCCUGCCCGGGCCAGACUACGACCACGUGACGGGCAGCGACAGUGAAGAGGAUGAAGAGGUUGGCGAGCCGACGGGCGCCACAGACUUCGAAGACGACUUCGAUGCUCCCUUCAACCCGCACCUGAACCUCAAAGACUUCGAUGCCCUCAUCCUGGACCUGGAGAGAGAGCUCUCCAAGCAGAUCAACGUAUGCCUCUGAGCCGGGCGGGGCCGGACCCCGAUUAUUAAGGCCGGGCUCCUGGUUGCCAAGGAGGUGCCCUAACGACCUAGGGGAACCAGACCUGUAGCUCAGGCCUAGCUCCUGGUUCCUGGGGAGCUGCCUAGCGACUAGCCAACCCGUUGCUGAGAAUCAUUCCUCCUUUCCAGUGCUCAGUAUUUGGGCACUGUUUGCGAAGGCCAGGGACUGAAUUUUAGGGACCAGGUUUUGUGGCCAUCUUUCCCGAGUACCAAGGGCUUCUCCCCUGGCUGCCAAAGGCAGUUACCCUACUUGCAGGGCUGGCCUCUCUUGACUCCCCAUGGCCAGGGAAACACCAGUUACUGUGAGCAUCACCCAGGGAUGGGGAGACACGCCCCCAGUCAGUCCCCUUGCUGCUGCCAACCAAAUCAGUAUUAGCUUUGAGCAAUGCACUCUGCUUCUCCUUCUGUGGACCCAAAGACUUACCAUGAGGUGCUGUUUGAGGCAAGGUGGGGGGAAGCCCCUAACCUGGGCUGUUGCUGGAUAGGGGCAGCCUGGGGCUUAUAGGCAAACAGCUGGUUUUCCUACCCUCUUUUCCAGGGAAAACCCCAUGAUUGCCUCAAACCAGCAAAUGGAGAUAGCAGUGUCUGGCCCUCUCCCUUCCCAACUCUUCUUCCCCAUUCCUGAAGAAACUGAGCACUUAUAAGACCUCCCUUUUGGAGGGACCCCACCUGAAGUGUCAGGCUGGGGGCACUUUGGUACGGAACAUAUUUAUUGCCUCCGUGCGUGUGUGUAUGUGUGUGAGGAUUAGUGUGCAUGGACAUGUCUAGAGCGGGCAUGUGGGGCUCUUUCAGAGACCACAGAGUGGGGGAAAGAGUUCGUGUGCCCAGGCACCCUGAAAUCCCCAAUAAUGGUGCCUCAGUGGGCCCCAGAGUUCAGUGGGAGAGUAGGGUCCCCUCCUGUCUCCCCCUCCUUUCCCUCACUUCCAUCUUUGUGGACAAUAAAUCAA